GUGUUCGCUCUUGACAGUAGUGACUGGAAAAGCCCAAAAUGUUUGGGCGUUUCUCCGCCCUGCUCUUUCUUUUGCUCCUGGCUGAAGAUUCCAAUUUCACGAAUGGUUCCGUGUUUGAAGUUAAAAAAUUUGGGAAAUUGAAGGCUUGCGUUUCGGACAAAACUGUCGCUUUUGUCAAAAAACCUGAAAAUAAACAAGACUUUACCAAAGUGGAUGUAGUGGAUUUGGAUGGAAACCCCGUACUUCCACCUGAUGCCAAAUACGAUUGCAAUCUAGUGAUCGAAAAUGGCUGUCAGUCUUGGGAGUGGAAAAGUGGAUGGAAAAGCAGUCUCAAUACAGAAAACUCUCUUGACCCUUAUCCAAUGGUUACUGACUUCCGUUGGCAUGAUUUACCAACUUACUUCCCCAGCAAAAAAUUUGAAUCAAAAAUAACAAUAAGGCAUCAAUACUUCAAAUUACAUUUUUCAAUUCUGGCGCAUGACUCAGCACAGUUUCUUUUAACGAAUGACUCAACUUUUGAGAAAGGAUACAGAGCUGUUAUCGACGGUUGGGGUAACACACAUCAGUCAGAGUUGCAAUACUGCACGGCUAUUUACAAUGCUAACCUUGAAAGAUGGCCGAUAUGUGAAGUAAAGUUAAAAAUUGUUCAGAACCAAAUCAUUCUGGACGGAGGGAAAAAUUGGGUUCAUGCGGAAGUAAAGUCAGAACAACAGUCUCCUGGCGAAAUUGAGUAUCGAGCUAUGACAAAUACCUUAACAAUCAACUUCCCUGAUUAUAGAAAAAAUAAUUAUCGGACGGAAAAUUAUUUGUCCUUCAGGACAAAUGAAGAAGGGCUCUUUAAACUUCACAAAUACAAUGUGCUUCUGCCUUUUGAAUCAUCAAAAUUAAUGGAAUUGGCCUUGAAAUCUGAUUUGCCGAAUGCGUUUUGUAUUGAUUUCGUGUUCCUGACAACAAUGGAAAUAUCAGAAGGCAAUCAAGCGUUUGAAAUUGAGAUCAAAAAUGCACGAAGAAACGUGAUCUUCAAUGAAAACAUCAUAACUACCAGGAAAAAUGAAUGGACAACAGCAAGGAUAUUUAGAAACGAUAUAAAAUUGAGAAAAGACUGGACGAUUACGUUGACUGCUCACACUCGGGAACUUGUGAUUGGCGGGAUCAAAUUCUGCAAAGAAGGGUUCAUGGUUUAUAAGCCGAAAAUUGAGAAUCCAAACCACUGCCAAUCUUUGGUGAAAGAAGCAGACACGACGGCGGAACAGGUCACUGAUCAUUUCACCAAAAUCUGGUCUGAACCUAUUGAUUGCAAGAAGUUAUUUGGAGGAGACUGUGUUGGUUUCCAACUGUGCCACCAGGAAGAAUAUUGCGCUUGUUAUGCUGGAUAUCAAGGAAAUAACUGUGAAGAUCAGUGCCACGGAACUAUGUUUGGACUAAACUGCUCACAGUUUUCCCAAAGAAAAUGUUUUAAAGAAAACCUCUUUCCAACAAACGGAACGUGUCGCGAAGGGUGCGCCGCUGGAUAUUCUCUUCCUGAUUGCAUCGAUGGAUGCACGGGUAAUAAGUAUGGUAUAAAUUGCUACAAUACAUCCUCGAAGAAAUGCUUGAAUAAUGAUAUAAACCGUGUCGAUGGAAGCUGUUUACAGGGUUGUGCAGAUGGUUACUACCCCCCGUGUGAAAAAGCAUGUGAACGCAACAGUUACGGAAAAAAUUGUGGGAAUACUUCAUACAAAAAUUGCAAAGAUGAUCUAUUCAACCAUGUAGACGGAAGUUGUUUGAAGGGGUGUAAAGAGGGAUAUUCCUUUCCGGAUUGCAUUAAUGAAUGCGAGGGUAACAGCUAUGGAGUAAAUUGUUCCAAGACUUCCACCAAGCACUGCUUUGGAGCCAAGCUCAACCGUGCCACCGGAAAUUGUUUGAAUGGAUGUGAAGAUGGAUAUUCUUUCCCAGCAUGCGAGAAAGAAUGCAACGGAGCGGCGUAUGGCAAAAACUGCUUGAAAAUAUCUGAGAGGAAAUGCUUAGGCGGGAAGUAUUCUUCGAAAGACGGACGCUGCCGAGAAGGUUGCGCCUAUGGAUAUCGAGAGCCUGAUUGCAUUAAAGAAUGCAAUGAAGGAUGGUACGGAAAAAACUGCGCUGAAAAAUCAAAUCGAUCUUGUUUACAUGGAAAUUACUCUCGAACAAACGGAUUGUGUCUUGAAGGUUGCCAAAAUAGAUACAUUUACCCUGACUGUGAGAAAGAAAUUCAAACAGCGACUCCACAAUUGAAAAUGAAAAAUUCUGAUAAGAUAACUUUGGACAUUGCCUCAAGUUUAAAGGACACGUCGGGCAUUACUGACAUCAUAAUUCAAUAUAAAAAAACCUACGAAGUUCAAUGGACUAAUAUUAGCGAAAGGCGCAUUUCCAGCGCGCACGAAAAGUAUUCACUCUCCAAUUUGAAGCCAAACACAAAUUAUGAGAUAAGAUUUGCUCUGUUUGAAAAUGAUGCGGUUAAAUAUCCAGAAAAUUUUCUUCCCGGAAAACAACUGAAGUUUUGGACAAAGUGCAGACCUAUUGGAAAGAAUUAAUAAUGUUUGCCUUUUUGUUUUAUCUUACGGAUUCUUUAUGGAAACCGCAGGUU